AUGGAGGAAGACUUUGAACCAGUCAUCAUUGACAACGGAAGUGGGAAGAUAAAGGCAGGGUUUGCUGAUUAUGAUGCACCCAAGAGUAUCUUCCCUACUGUCAUUGGAGUCCCCAAAUCUCCAGGAAUUCUAGUCGGAAUGGACCAAAAAGAUUUCUAUGUCGGAAAUGAAGCAAUCGAGAAAGCAAAAUAUUUAAAUAGCUAUUGGCCCAUAGAACAGGGAAGAAUUGUUGACCUUGAUAAAAUGAAAAAUGUCUGGGAGUACCUAAUGAAUGAUGAACUCAAGUUCUCUCCAGAAGAUCAUAAAAUAUUCAUGACUGAACCACCGAAGAAUGACAAGAAAAAUAGAUCAGACCUGACAAAGAUGAUGUUUGAGGAGUUUAAUGUUAAUAAGUUCUUCUUACAGACACAAGCAGUCCUUUCUCUUUUCGCAUCAGGAAUGACUACUGGAACAGUGGUUGACUGAGGAUAUGACAUCAGUCAUACUGUGCCUAUUUAUGAAGGGUUUGCACUUCCUCAAGCAAUUAAAGAAUUUAACAUCGCGGGAAAAGAACUGACUCUCUAUCUCAAAGAGGAACUUCUCAGGCUGAGCAAUUUUGAGUACACAGAAAGUAGUAAUAACUUGGAUGUUGUCAAUAGAAUUAAGGAAACCCAGUGAUAUGUUGCCCAAGACUUUGAUGCUGAACUCAAGAAUGCAUCAGACCAGCACUCUGCCAAGGUUGUGUACAAAUUGCCAAAAGGAGAAAUUGAACUAGACAAACAGAGGAUUGAGAUUCCAGAGCUUUUAUUCCAACCCUCUAAAAACGGAAAGACCUUUGAUGGUAUUCAUAAAUCUAGUUUCGACUCUAUUAUGAAAUGUGAUGCUGAUAUUAAAAGAGAUCUCUUCUCAGGAAUAGUUCUGGCAGGAGGAAGUACAAUGUUCGAAGGAAUGAAAGAAAGAAUGAAGAAGGAAAUCCAAGCCUUAGCACCAGCUCCAAAUACACCCGAAGUGCAAGCACCAGCAGAUAGGAAAUUCUCCUGCUGGCUUGGAGCUGCCAUUCUCUCCAAAAUAAAAUCAUUCGACAGCAUGUGGAUCGAUAAGGCAGAAUUCGAUGAGGACCCAGAAAAUAUAGUCCAUAGAAAAUGCUUCUAA